AUGCGAUUCGAAAACCCCCGCCUCCGCCAGGCCUACAUUGCCCUCCAAUCAUGGAAGCAGGCCAUCUACUCCGACCCCUUCAACUUCACCGCCAACUGGACCGGCCCCGCCGUCUGCUCCUACUCCGGCGUAUUCUGCGCCCCUUCCCUGACCAGCCCCAAACUCCGCGUCGUCGCCGGCAUCGACCUCAACCACGCCGACAUCGCCGGAUACCUCCCCACCGAGCUCGGCCUCCUCACAGAUCUGGCACUCUUCCACAUCAAUUCAAAUCGCUUCUGCGGCAUUGUCCCCAAAUCGUUCCGCAAGCUCAAGCUCCUCCACGAGUUCGACAUCAGCAACAAUCGCUUCGUCGGAGCGUUCCCCACCGUCGUCAUCUCGCUGCCGUCGCUGAAAUACCUAGAUCUGAGAUUCAACGAUUUCGAAGGCUCUGUACCUUCCGAGCUCUUCGACAAGCCGCUCGACGCUCUGUUUUUGAAUGACAAUCGGUUCCGAUUCGGGAUCCCGAAGAAUCUAGGCAACUCUCCCGUUUCGGUGCUGGUGUUUGCGAACAACAAUCUCGGCGGUUGUAUCCCGGGGAGCAUUGGCAAGAUGGGGAAGACGCUGAAUGAGAUUAUUCUGAUGAAUGAUAAUCUCACCGGUUGUUUGCCUGCAGAGAUUGGGAUGUUGAAGGAGGUCACGGUGUUUGAUGUGAGCUUCAAUCAUCUUCAAGGCUCGCUGCCUUCGAGUAUUGGGAAUAUGAAGAAGGUGCAGCAGCUCAAUGUGGCGCAUAAUCAGUUCACUGGAGUUAUUCCGGCGAGUGUUUGCUCGUUGCCGAAUCUGCAGAACUUUACUUACUCGUUCAAUUACUUCUCCGGCGAGGCCCCCAGCUGUGCGGCGGUUAGACGCGGCGUGGCGGUGAAUGGGACGAGUAAUUGUAUUGCUGGGAAGGCGAAUCAGAGAUCUGGUAGGGAAUGUUCGUCGGGAGCUGCUCGUCCGGUUGAUUGUAGCAAGUUUCAGUGCGGCGGCGGAGGAAGUGGGAGCGCCAGCGGGGGUCGUAGAAGGCCGCCGGUUAAUGUUCCGUCGACGCCCAAGGCCUCACCGCCGAAGCAGCCGAUCGUUGGAGGAUCUCCACCGCCUCCAAAGUCUAGGUCGUCGCCUUCUUCUAGAUCACGGUCUCCUCCGCCCCCGACGAGAUCUUUCCAUUCACCUCCGUCUCCACCUCCGCCUUCUUCGCGAGUUUCACCGGUGACUCACCUUCCACCGCCUCCUCCUCCUCCUCCCACGCAACAGACAGCACCGCCUCCUACAGAAAAAGUGUCUCCAGGGACACGUCACGCACCUCCGCCGCCAUCUCCUCCUCCUCCAUCACCACCACCGCCAGUUUACUCUCCACCUCCGCCGCCGCCAGUUUACUCUCCACCCCCGCCGCCGCCUUCCCCACCUCCUCCUCCACCUCCAGUUUACUCUCCACCACCGCCCCCACCAUCACCACCACCGCCUCCGCCACCUGCUUACUCUCCACCUCCGCCGCCGCCAGUUUACUCGUCACCACCUCCGCCGCCAGUUUACUCCUCACCGCCACCACCACCGGUUGAGUACCACUCGCCUCCUUACUACCAACAGUCAUCUCCACCACCACCGCCGCCUACUUACCAGCAAUCACCGCCACCACCAACGGGUGAGCAUCACGCGCCUCCUUAUCACCCGAGCUCUCCACCACCACCGAACCACGCGCCCGCUCCAGUCCCAUGCACAACUCCACCGCCACCGCCCGCGAAGCCCGGAUGUGAGCUCCCGCCGCCAGCGCCAACAAUGUCGCCGCCGCCUACACCCAGCUACCACUCGCCGCAAUCUCCGCCGCCUCCACAUCACCAAAGUCCUCCACCACAUUACACGUAUUCGUCUCCUCCCCCUCCUCCCCACUCACCGCCACCGCCAUCACCGCCGCCGCCAGCAGUUGAGAACGUGCCUCUGCCGCCGGUGAUAGGUGUAUCGUACGCUUCGCCGCCGCCACCAUCGAUUCCGUACUACUAA